AUGAAGCCAGAUCGUUCUCCUCCGAAGAACAUUGAAACCGGGGUGUGGGCGCAGAUGGUGGAGUAUUGGGAGAACCCCAUCAACAUUGAAAGAAGUAAAAAGGCGGCCCAAAGUAGAAAGACGGACGUGACUCCCGAAACCGGUCCAAGCAAGCAUACAUCGGGCCGAAAGCCAUUUAGUCGGAUCAUGCAUGCAUUGGCCCGAACAUGUGGAAAGCAACCAUCGCUCCUUGAUGUGUUAAAGGUUAUACAUACAAGGAAAGAUGGUACUAUAAUCGACGGGAAAGCCAAAAAUUUGAUUGACAAGAUCGAACAAGCGCAAACAACGCUUGAAGAAUCUCAAGCGACUGCGUUGGGAAUGAAUACUACAACGCAAUUAUCCCAGCAGCAAAUCGAUGAACUAUAUGUCAAGACCGUAAAACCGAACAAAUACGGUCGUAUAUAUGGACUUGGGUCGCUCAAACAAGAUAUCGUCAACACCGAUGCCGGGGAAGGAGGAGCACCAGUUGUUCAGAAGAUUGUCACACUACAGCGACGACUCCAAGAAUUAGAAGAACAGGUGCAGAACAAUUUUGUAUCGCGAGCUGAGUACGACGAAUUAAAGCAGCGACACAACUACCUCCAACUGCUAGUUGACCAAAACAUAGGAAAUGUCAACAUCGACGGUGCAGGAGGUAGCGGUGCAAAUGAUGAUGCUCCCGACGAUGGUGGUGAAGAUGCGCCCGAUGUUAAUUUGAAUGAUUUUGAUUUUCAAUAA